AUGUCAAGACGACUUUGUGCACGCAGAACAGAGGGUGUGGAUAAAAACAUUUGGUGAGUGACAUGACGAGUGGACCUUUGACGCCUGAGCUCUGCAAUGGUUUAUAAGCUGUAAAGAGGAUGGGACAGUUCAGUUAGUGUCAGAGGUUUUCAAUGGAGCAUAAGGAACAACAUUAAUCGUGUCAUUUUUUUUCCCUGGAUUUGAACCCAGAGCUAUUUCACUUCAGCUUAGACUACAGUGUGACCCAUCUUCAUUUACAACUACAGUAAUGUACUGAUAUGUAUGGGCCUACUUACUCAGGCUGGUUAUGGUGAUUUAAAAGCAUGGUCUAAGUCCAGAUCAUUCCAUCUCUGCAUUCAAAGAAAAUUUAAUGGGACAAGUUUAAUUGUAUAAUUGCAAAAAACUUGAUAUUUGCACACCAAAAAGUGUGUCCAUUUUCAAAAGAAGUACUGUACCAUACACUCAGAUAUUUAUACCAGAGUCUUUCUUUUUCACUUUAUUAUGUAGUUUUUAUUGACUUGUGAUAUUCUAGCGCUGAAGUAUUUAUAUGUAAAACUAUUUUAAUCAUAUAUUUUUAAUUGGAUUAUAAAAAGUACAAAGAACAUAUUGUUCAAAGGUGAGAAGUGUUAUAGUAAAAUGUGUCCAUGAUAUUGUGGAUUAAAUAUGCUCAUACCUGAAGUAAAUCUUUCACUCCAGAAAACAAAAGCUUAUACUAUCAGCAUUGCCGAGUCUGAGCUGUUUUUCAUCUGCAGGGUUGAAUUCACGAAGCUUGCAGCUGACUAUAAUGCAGUUAAUCUGGGACAGGGAUUUCCUGACUUCCCCCCUCCAAAGUUUGUGCAGGAUGCUUUCUGUGAGGCUCUGAGAGGAGGACCCAUGAUGCACCAGUACACCAGAGCUUUUGUGAGUGGGCUGAAAUGAUUCAGUUUGAGUUUGUCCGUUUCUUAUAAUAUCAAGCCUCUUGUGUUUCUUGUCUUUUUGUCUGUCAGGGCCACCCCCGUCUAGUGGAAACUCUGUCCAGAUUCUUCAGCAGGAUUGUUGGGCAUGAGAUUGAUCCAUUAGAGGAAAUCCUGGUCACAGUUGGAGCGUAUCAGGCACUUUUUAGUGCGUUUCAAGCUCUGGUUGAUGAAGGAGAUGAGGUAAGAAAGCUAACUAAACCCUUUCUGGUUUAUAAUGGAGGGGUCUCUAAAAAAUGAUAAUGAUUUAGUUUUAACAUCUGUACUGCCUUCCUUUUGUUCUGGUUGGUUUAUCUCUUUUUAAAAAAUGUGCUUUUAUUUUGAAGUUAAGUUAUUUCUGGUGGCCUGUAAAUUAAGGGACUAAAAGGAAAAGAAUGGUUAAAUAAAAUAAUGUAAUACUGUCAAAGUUAAUGUCAGAUAACUUCUGAUGUAGUAGGGGCACAAGCACUAAAACUCUUUGGAUGGAUCACCUGUUAUUACCCCAAUGGAUUACUUUGUAGUUAUUAUAACCGUCACAACUUAAAACAAUAUCCACAAAAGACAUGCUAAACAGUCAGAAACUACCAGUCAUUAAUACACUUUAAGGUAUAAAAUUAGGCCAAUGUUGAAAACUGCAGAAUCUCCCUUUAAAGUUAACCUGUAAUUUAAAACAAAGACAAACAAAAUGACGCAAAUUUGUUUUUCAGGUUAUAAUUGUCGAGCCGUUCUUUGACUGUUACCAGCCAAUGGUGAGGAUGGCUGGAGGGAAGGCAGUGUAUGUACCUCUGAGACCUGUGAGUGGUUAACAUGCCUUAACAAAAUCAUCCAGAGCAUCUUCAAACAAUUUUAACUAUUAAAGUUGCAACUUUUUUCUUUUUUUUCCCAAUAUUUACAGAAGGCUGCUGGUGGUGGUGCCGUCCUGUCCAGUGGAGACUGGGUUCUGAAUCCUGAGGAGCUGAGGAGUAAAAUCACCCCACGCACAAAAGCCAUAGUUAUCAACACUCCCAACAACCCCUUAGGAAAGGUAAAGACAGUUCAAAGUGUGUUGUAUUUAAGUGUUUAUUACCAUUGUGUUGGACCCAGUUUUAAUCUCUUUCUGAUGCAGGUGUAUAAGAUUGAGGAGCUCCAAAUGAUCGCUGAUCUCUGCAUCAAACAUGAUAUGCUGUGUGUCAGUGACGAAGUGUACGAGUGGCUGACUUAUGAUGGAGCCAAGCAUGUCAAGAUAGGUGAGACACAGUCAGAGGAAUACACUAAGUACAGGGCUGCGUUACUAAUACAUAAAUCAAUUCUGCGUAUCCACAGCCAGUCUUCCUGGGAUGCGGGAGCGAACUAUCACUGUUGGCAGUGCAGGGAAGACUUUUAGUGCGACUGGCUGGAAGGUAAAUACACAUUCAAACUGAGAGUUCAGGUUAAUUGAGUUUUUCUGACUGAACCAUAUUUGUGUCUUUACUGUUCCAGGUCGGCUGGGCCAUGGGAUCAGGGAAACUCAUCAAGCGUCUAAAAGCCAUGCAUCAAAUGUCUGUGUUUGACUGUGCCACUGCUGCUCAGGUUCAAACAUCAUUUGAUUGAUAAAAGACAGAGAUGUUGCAGUGAAACUUGAUCUUGCCAGAAUUUCACGGAGCAGGACUAAAAGGAAAGAUCUAUCACUGCUGCUUCAGCUUUGAGACUUGAUUACAGAGCACAAUCAUCUGCCUGCUGCUUCUUUACUGAAUUAGCUUUCUCCAGAUCUGUGAGAGCAAAAUCAGAUAUCUUAGAGGACGCUUUGGUACAGGAGCACAGAGGGAAACUCUCACUAACGAAGAAGUUUUCUCAAGCUUUUAACCAAGAUCCAGAGCAUGGACAGAUACUGGAUGUCAAGCUGAUUAGUAAAAGAAGAAAUGUCGAGAUUUAUCUUCUGUUAAAAAUUCUGUAAAAGCAUGAACAACACAAGUGGAGCCAAAAACCCUUAGAGCUCCCCCUGGUGGCAGGCUGUAGUAAAAGCCCUGAUUUAUCAAACCCAACCCAACUAUCAUUUCAGUCAAUGUUAGCUUGAUAAAUCACAACUACACAUUCAUCCAAAAAAUUGCAACACCAGACUUUCAGAAAAAGCAACCCCCCAAAAGGAAACAAAUUAUUGAGGCCCCAAAAAAUCAUGCGUUAUUGAUACAAAUAAAAGUUUAUUUAGAGGAAAGGCGAAAACAGUUUUUUGAAGAGAAAGACUGAAUUGAAUACUGAUAAAGCAACAUUCAAAGUAGAAAAAGUGGCUUUCAGUACUCUCUGGUAGACACUCUAUGCAGCUACAUUUUAUACAAUAAAUAUUAAAACAAUGGUCUGCACAGGUACAUGUCAGUUGAAAGGCUAAUCUAUGCACAGUAAGAAAAGAUUAUAAUAGCUAUGAAGAUCAUUAGGAUAAAAGGUUAUUUUUGUAUUAACACAGAGAAAACUGUCAUCAUAUUGUUAUAUACUCCAUACAGAAAUCAACUGAUAAACAGAAACUUAACAUUAUAGUUUUUACAUCGGUUUCAUGGAUGAAGUGCUUCACUCUUUGUUCACGUUAUCCUCCACUUCUUCUCUAACCAGGAAGCAGUCGCUCAGGGAUUUGAGAGAGAGUACGAGGUGUUUGGGACUCCAGAGAGUUACUUCCUGCAGCUUCCUGCGAUGCUGUACCACAAAAGGAACAAGCUGGCUGCAUGUCUGCAGAGCGUGGGUCUGCAGCCCAUCGUGCCGGAGGGGGGAUACUUUAUAAUCGCAGAUAUCUCCUCUAUCAGUGAGUGUCAUGAGGAUUAAACUCGACAGUAUCAAGUCUCCUCAUCUUGACAGGCUUGCACUGCAAUUAAAACACAGAAGAAGCAUCCUUUGUAGAUGCGGAUAAAGUGACUAAAUAAAGCAAGACAUGAGUGCAAAAGCUCUUCGCAGAUAUGCAUUUGAACUAUUAAUAUCAUGUUAACUACCUGUUUUUACAGAAGUGGACUCCAGAGACUUGAGCACUGAGGAUGAACCCUACGACUUCAAAUUUGUUAAAUGGCUGAUCAAAGAAAAGGUGUUUUCUUUUUUGAAUAUUGAUAUCCUUGUUGAAGGAAAAAAAAAAUUCUUUCUGAACUACAGCAUAGGUUUCUAAUUGUGUAUACUCAAAGGUCCCGUAUUAAGAAUAAUAUAUUGCUAUUUUUUCUGGUUUCUUACACAAUACAUUGACUUCUCUCCGACAGGGUUUAGCGACAAUCCCCGUCUCUGCUUUCUACAGUCCAGGGCACAGCAAGGAGUUUGACAAAUACAUCCGAUUCUGUUUUGUCAAAGUAAGCCAAUGCAAUUUCAAUCAUUUGAUUGAGGAUGUCCCUCUUUCUGUGUGCUGCUCUCCAUCAUUCCCUCUGACCCUCACUUGCUUUCUCUGUCUCACAGGAGGACUCCACUCUGGAUGCAGCAGAAGACAUCUUGAGAAAUUUCAUACAGUAAAACAACCCUCAGAUUAUUGCACCAAGUUAUGCAUUAACCUGUCCACAUCUUGCUCAUCAGGUUAUAAAAUCCAGGCUUUAGAAAUAAAAUUCUGCAAUUUUUUUUCAGCCUGAGUUUUAAGCAGAGAAUUAUACUGUACAUACACCUUUUCUUUCUUUUUCUUGUAUUGUUUUCCAUGACUAGAGCUUUAUUUUAAAAAGGUUUAGUCAAUUUCAAUAAAUUUACAACCUCAAUCAG